ACGGGAGCCUCUCCUCUCCCCUUCCAAAUCCGAAGCUCCAAAGCCGAUCUGAUUGAUACUCACUCCGAUCCCAUCCCCUCCAUCCAGAUCUGACGACGGCCGCCGCGCACGAGAGAGGCAGCGAAAACCCGACCGGAAGCGGCCUCCCCGGCGGAUCGCGAUGGGCGUGGAGUGCCGGUACGAGCUCGCGCAGGCGGCGUACGUGAAGCUCGCGCUGCACGCGCUCAAGCACCCGGCGGCGGCCGUCAACGGGCUCCUCGUCGGCCGCCUGGCGGACCCGGCCGCCUCCCCGGCCGUCGUCUCGGUCGCCGACGCCGUGCCGCUCUCCCACCAGCCGCACCACCUCCCGCUGCUCCCCACGCUCGAGCUCGCGCUCACCCUCGUCGAGGACCACUUCCAGGCGCAGGGCCUCGCCGUCGUCGGAUACUACCACGCCAACGCGCGCCGCGACGACGCCGACCUCCCCGCCGUCGCCAAGCGCGUCGGGGACCACAUCUUCCGCUACUUCCCCCGCGCCGCGGUGCUGCUGCUGGACAACGUGAAGCUCGAGGAGGUGGUGAAGGGGAGCAGUCGCGAUGCCGUUGUUCAGCUAUACACCAGGGAUUCAUCAAAAAGCUGGCGUCAGGCUGGAUCAGAUGGAAGUAGUCAGCUCAAACUGAAAGAGCCAUCUACAAAUGUGGUCUUAGCUGAUCAUGUUACCACGAAGAAAUGGCAGAAAGUUGUUGAUUUCGACGACCACCUCGAUGAUAUCAGCAAGGACUGGUUGAACGCAAGCCUGCUUGGUUGACACGGUUUUGAGAUCAAAUUUGUCACAUAUUUAUUUGAACUGGCUAGAAACCAAGGCGUCAAGGCUUGUCCCACCAGAUCAGCGUGUUUCACUUGAUGUCCAGGCGAGCUAUUUGGCAUGGUUUUGUAAUUUAAUAUGAUAUAAUAAGUAGAUGUUACCCCAUGUGUUCUUGCAACAAUUUGUAGCCAAAAAUUGAUGGAAAAUGAAGAAAAACUGUGAUUGUAAAA